AUGAGUAGGUAAAGCAUACAAAAUACCUUAUCAGAUAAUAUAGAACUUCAAAAUAAAUCGUUGCAAGGAAAAAUGUUUUAUGAAAGUAUGAUUAAUUGCUUAAAAGGAGAUGAAGAUUUCAUAAAUAUCUCCUAGCCCUAUAACAACACAGAUAUUGAUGAAGGAAGAUAGAAGUCACAUGAAAUAUUAUAAAUACAAAGUAAACCAAUGCAUUUUGAUGUCAAAAAUUAAAAAAGGAAAAUAGAAAUUUCAGAAUUUAAAGAAGAUGAAAAAACUAUAGAAUCACAAAAUAAAAGUAACGAGACCUCUUAACGAAAAAAUAGUAUCAAAAGCAUUAAUUAACCUACACACAUCUAAUAGACAUAUGGUAGUAUUAAAAAACAGUAAAUUACAAACUCUUAAUCGAGUUAAGAGUAUUAUGAUAAGAUAAAAGUAGAAAUAAGCUUGGUAGAUAUAAAAAAGGACUCUAUAAAUCAUUAAGAAUAAUCUAAAAAUAUUUCUGAUCUUGAAGUAAACUGUCUUAGUGAAUCAUGUAUAAAAACUGAUACAAAGAUAUAAAAGAUAAGCUACAUAGGAAGGAAGAGCGUAUCAAAUUUUGAAAGAGCUAUUAAUAUGAUAAAUAAUAUUUUAGGUAAGUCUAUGAAUAGAGUCUAAAGAAUAAACAAACAUGUAAAUAACUUUAUAUAAAUACUAAAAAAUAAAAAAAAUAAUAGGUAGAUGAUAAAUUUGUAAGAAAAUGAAUAUAAGAUAAUCAAUGAUUUGGCGUUUUCUCAUAAAAAAAUAUUAAAAAGAAAUUUUUUCAGUAGGUAUUUGUAAUAAUUAUAUCGCUUUGCAAAAAUGAGAAUACCUAUUCCCUUAUUUAUGCCAACAAAUACUUUUAGAGUUUAUUGGGACAUUCUAUAAACUAUUUAUACUUAUUUAUUUAUAUACAUUUAUUCUAUAUUGCUUUUCUUUGCCAUGCAAGAUUAAGAUACAGUUUUUAUAAAGUAAUACUAUUUAUAUACCUUCAUAUUUUUCUUAGCUGACACACUUGUAACUUUUAAUACGGCCUACUUUAAAAAAGAUGUCAUUGUUACUAAUCGUAAACAAAUAGCUUGGAAAUAUUUAUCUUCUAGUGUUUUUAUUGCAGAUGCUAUAUCUUUAAUAAUUAUGGGGUCUAAAUUGAUGCUUUAAAACUCUCAUCUUGUUUAUAAUCCUGAUAACAGCUUUUAAAGUUUUGCAAUAAAUCUAUUAGUGUUUUUUAAAUUAAAAUGUGUUAAUUAGAAGAAAUAGAGAUUUAAUUAUGCAUUUACCUUAAAAGAUAAUUAAAAACAUAUUAUGAAAUUGCUUAAUUAAUUGCUUAGUGUUAUUUUCGUUGCUCAUUUGGUUUGCUUAGCUUGGUAUACUUUGGGUCAAUAUGAAAUUCAAAAAGGAUAUCCUGUUUCAUGGAUUUCAAAAUAUAAUUUGAAUGAUUUACCAUAUAUUCAAAUAUAUAUUUAUUCUAUGUAUUGGUCUGUUACUACUAUGACAACAGUUGGUUAUGGAGACAUAUCUGCCUGCAAUUAUAUAGAAGCGCUAUUUAUUACACUUUCAAUGAUUUUAUUUAGCUGUGUAUUCGCCUAUUCUAUCAAUAAUAUUGGAUUUAUUCUUUAAGAAAUAGAAAAAUCCUCUAAAGAGCUAAAUGAUAGUAUCACAAUCAUCUAAAGAUAUUUGAAAAGAAAAAAUAUAAAUGCAUUUCUAUAGAGUCGAGUGAGGCACUAUCUUAGUUUUUUAGCUAAUGAGCAAAAAGAUAGAAACUAAUAGUCUGAAAAUCAAAUUUUAUAAAUUCUAUCAAAUAAAUUGAGAAAUGAAAUAGUAGUUGAGAUUAACUCAAGAAUAUUAAAAAAUAAUGCUCUUUUUAGUGCUAAUUUCUCAUCUCAAAUUUUGAGAAAGCUAGUUUUUAUUAUGGAAGAAAUCAAUAUUUCUCCUAAUGAAAUUAUAUUUGAAGAAGGAGAUUAUGAUGACUAAUCAAUUUAUUUUAUAGAAAGUGAUAAUUUUUUUGGUGAGAUUUCAUUUUUUUCUGGUUUAGCUAGAAAUGCUAGUGCGAGAAGUAUUAAUUUAUCUACGCUCUAUAAAAUUAGUAGAAGCCGCUUUAUCAAUCUCAUUUAAGAAAACUAAGAAGAUUUCGAGAGAUUUAAAAUGAUGGAGAGUGCUAUGCCUGUAAAUGUAUAGGUCAUUUGGCCAAGGACUGUCCUAGAGAUUAAUGUUAACAAUAACUAAAUAACUUGCUAAGUCCUCAAAGAAAAUAUAAGAUAUUUUAAUACUCAAGUACAAAUUAUUUAUUAAACAGAUGAAGAUUCCUUUAACUAAUAUUCAGAUUAUGAAGAAAACAAAUUAGGUGAUUAAAAUUCUUCUACUAACUAAACUUCAUAGUCAUCAUUAAAAGAUAAUAGCUCUAAUAAAUCAAUUAAUGAAAAAUACAUGUUUAAAAGUGAUAGAAGUCUGAAUUCUACUUUAAAAGAUCACCAAGUCAAUAAUAAUAGUUUAAAGUUGAUAAAAUCUUAAAUUUAGAUUGGAAAGUAAUCCUCACAAGUAAAAAAUUAGAGAGACAGCUUAAAAGAUAAUAAAAUAAUUGAAAACCUAGAAAAUUUAUUGAAUAGUGAAAGACAAAAUAGUGGUAUAAAUAAUAAAGUAAUUAAUAAUAAAUCUUAAGAAACAAAUAAUUUUAAUAAAUUUGAUGAAGAUUAAACAAUGAUAUUAAACAUUGAAAAUGACCAAUAUUGUAAAGAGAGUUAAGAUAAAUUAGAAAAGAAUUCAGAAGAAUCAAGAGAAUAAAUUAAUCCAAGCUCAGAAUAAUUUGAGAAUUUAAUUUUUCAAAACAAAACACAUAAUUCUAAGGUGUAGAAUAAUUUAAGACUUUCAAAUUCUACCAAUAAAGAUUCGUCUCAUAAAAGCUUAUUAGAAAACAAUGAAGAAAAGACUAAAAUUAAACCUAAUAAACUUACCAUCAAAUUCAACUCAAAUAAUCAAGACGAUAGUAAUGUGAUUUAUCAAAGCUAGAAAAGCGAUGAAGAUGUUUAAAAGUAGAAUUAAGGUACUGAUGUUGCUGUUAAAAAACAAAAGACAAAAAAAAUUUUACAAUCAUAUAAAGAAAAGAGGCCUUCAAUAGAGAGCUCCUCUUAUAAUGGUAUUUAUAGUGCUUGUAUAGCUCAAAGCUUAGCAUUAAUGAGUGCUUAAAACUAAAUCAAUAAAUUUGAAACUACUGUAAAUAAAUUAGAUGAAAAACUUUAAACUAUUUAUGAAGGAAAAUCACUUUAAAAUUUAGAAAGAAAUAGUUUUUUGCAAAAUUUUAAAAGAAAUACAUCUUCUAUAUUUUCAAAUUUUUCAAAAAGAUAAGAAAGCAAUUAAAGAGAGAGUUUUUUUUCAAAUAAUGAUUUGAACAUCAUUAAAAAAUAUGAGAUUCAAAACACAUCUUAAAGUUUUUCACAAAAACCUAAAAACAGUAUAGAAGUAUUUGGGUAAAAUUCUUAGGUUUUUACCUAACACCAUCCUAAUCCUUAAAAAAUUCUUUAGAAAUUUUAUAAAAUGAUUGACGGUGGAGCUGAUGAUUAUUUGAAAUUAGAUAAUUAAAAAUCAAUCUAUCAAAGACUUUGUAACUCAGAUUUUGAUUAUUUUAUUUUAGAUUUCUUUGAUAUCAUGAAGAACUAUAAAAAAUUCUUUCCCCACAAUAACUUUACUAAUAUAUUCAGCUAUAAAAAUUCUACUUCACAAAAGCUGAAAAAGAAGAUUCAUUCAUCAUCUAAAAAUACAAAAUAGAGAAGAAAAAAUAUUUUUAUGCAACAAAAUUCGGUUAGAAAAUCAAUAUUUUGUAACUAGAUAAUUCAAUAGUCAUAAUUUUCUGAAACAGAUUAUGAAAAAUACAAGCCUACUUUCUUAUCAUAUGGUGUUUCAUAACUUACAGAAACUAUAUUUCCUAAACAUAAAAUAGAUAUUUCCUUAAAAAUUGUAUGA